GCCCCGCGUGAGGCGCCGGCGCAAGGGAAGGCCGGGGGCUUGGCGGCCCCAGGCGGCGGCGAGCCCAGAACGGCCCGGCCCCACAGAAAGGAGGCGCCUGCGCUAGGGCAGCGCCUGAACCUCACUCCAGGUGGCAGAGGAGGAAAAGGAGAAGGAAGGGGCCGGGCCGGGUCCCCGCCCCUCGCGCUCCGGAUGGAAGUGCCGGGCCCGGUGUCCCGGCGGGCGGCGGCGGCGGCGGCGGCCACCAUGCUCCUGCGCACGGCUCGGGUCCCUCGCGAGUGCUGGUUCUUGCCCACCGCGCUGCUCUGCGCCUACGGCUUCUUCGCCAGCCUCAGGCCGUCCGAGCCGUUCCUGACUCCCUACCUGCUGGGGCCCGACAAGAACCUAACCGAGAGGGAGGUCUUCAAUGAAAUUUAUCCAGUGUGGACUUACUCUUACCUGGUGCUGCUGUUUCCUGUGUUCCUUGCCACAGACUACCUCCGUUAUAAGCCUGUUGUUCUGCUGCAGGGACUCAGCCUUAUUGUUACAUGGUUCAUGCUGCUCUAUGCCCAGGGACUGCUGGCUGUUCAGUUCUUGGAAUUCUUCUAUGGCGUCGCCACAGCCACUGAAAUUGCCUAUUACUCAUAUAUCUAUAGUGUGGUAGACUUGAGCAUGUACCAGAAAGUCACAAGUUACUGUCGAAGUGCCACCUUGGUGGGCUUCACAGUAGGCUCUGUCCUAGGGCAAAUCCUUGUCUCGGUGGCAGGCUGGUCCUUGUUUAGCCUGAAUGUCAUCUCUCUUACCUGUGUUUCUGUGGCUUUUGCUGUGGCCUGGUUUCUGCCUAUGCCACAGAAGAGCCUUUUCUUUCACCACGUUCCUUCUGCCUGCCAGGGAAUGAAUGGCAUCAAGGUACAAAAUGGCGGCAUGGUUACUGACACCUCAGCUUCUAACCACCUUCCUGGGUGGGAGGACAUUGAGUCCAAAAUCCCUUUAAAUGUGGAGGACCGUCCCAUGGAGGAGCCGGAACCCAAGCCAGACCAUCUCCUUGUGCUGAGGGUACUGUGGAAUGACUUCUCUGUGUGCUACUCCUCUCGCCCUCUGCUCUGCUGGUCCGUGUGGUGGGCCCUCUCCACUUGUGGCUAUUUUCAAGUUGUGAACUACACACAGGGCCUGUGGGAGGUGGUGAUGCCUUCUCGCGAUGCUGCUAUCUAUAACGGUGGUGUGGAGGCCGUUUCAACCUUACUGGGUGCUGUUGCCGUGUUUGCAGUUGGUUACAUAAAAAUAUCCUGGUCAACUUGGGGAGAAAUUGCACUGUCUCUGUUUUCUCUCCUGAUUGCUGCCACAGUGUAUAUCAUGGACACUGCAGGGACCAUCUGGGUGUGCUACGCAUCCUACGUGGUCUUCAGAAUCAUCUACAUGUUACUCAUCACUAUAGCAACUUUUCAGAUUGCGGCAAACCUCAGCAUGGAGCGCUACGCCCUAGUGUUUGGUGUAAACACCUUCAUUGCUCUCGCACUUCAGACUCUGCUCACUCUAAUUGUGGUAGAUGCCAGUGGCCUUGGCUUAGAAAUUACCACUCAGUUUCUGAUCUACGCCGGUUAUUUUGCAUUCAUCGCUGUGGUUUUCCUGGUUAAUGGUGCAGUCAGUGUUAUGAAGAAAUACAGAAAGCAGGAAGAUCCAGAAUCAAGUUCUCAAGUAACCACUUCAUAAUAUACUGCUGACGAGCUGCUGCUUCUAGCAAGAACUCUGCACAGCACUGUGCCUGGAUGUAUUUCAUUUUUGAAGAUGUGGACACAUAUUUAUGAAUGUGUAUUUCAUGGCUUCAGAGCAGCCGCUUGACUAUGUCAUGUGUUCCUGGAGUAACAUAAUACUGUUCAGAGGAGCCAGAAGUGAAGUUUAUUUUGUGGGUUAUUUAUGAGAGCUAAUUUAAGUCUGACUUUUUUCUGAUUCAAAAACAAACUUGACUUUGAAAACCAAGUAGUCAAGAGCACUCAAGCAGCACGUGCUGUUAUACACAUGAUAGCAGGUGAGUUUGAUGUUUCAUAGGGCAGAUGCUUCUGUAUCUGCUUAGCCAGAAGCUUGGCUGGUGGGACCAAGGCUUCACAGGGGUCACAAGAUGUCACAGGUCAGGAUAGAAAUAUGUUCUAACAGCACUUGCCCCUGUUCAACUUGAGUCUUAUUUCUGUGUUACUCAUGUGCAUUUGUGUUUCUACAGAUGAAAGUCGUUCCUAUCACUGGCAAUAUUUGCUCUGGUUGGGUGUUCUGUCCUAUAAGGAGUGUAUGUCAUUUCUAAUAAGUUAUUUUUUAAAAAUUCAUUAUAUGAAUGUUCUCAGUUCUUAUCUUGACGAUUAUAUAUUUGUGUAGAUUUUCUUUAGAAGUACAGUUUUGCUUAUUCAUAUGCUUCUCAGAGAAGCUCAUAUAGUUAGAAAAUAAGGCAAGUUUUGAAGCCUACUAAUAAUCUAAAUGAAGAGACCUAAUCAGAAAACUUAAAGGUAGGUUUGUUUGUCUUUUAUUCUUCAGUAUGAAGGACUGUUAAUUCCAUGAUGAAAGGUUAGUAUAUGGGCUAAAGACAACGAGCCCAUUUUGUAUUUGCAUUCCCUUUUAUUUCCAGAAUUAAAUGAAAAAGUCUUUUUUUUAAUAACUUCAUCCCCAUUUAUAGCUUUUAUAUUAUUUGUUCUUCUUAUCCAAGAUAAAGAUGUCAUUAGGUGUUGGAUUAUUCCAAAGCCUUUUUCACCAACUGAGCCUCUUUUUAAUUGUUUCACUAAUUAAUAAUGGAGCAGGAACUAGGAUAGAUUUGGUUCCUGCAUUUUGUACGUUAAAUCUGCCUUUGUGUCUAAGGGUGGAUCAUCUUGAAUAUUUGCUUAAAAUAAGAAUUGCUCAUGAGUCCAUUUCCAAGUUAACUUGAAAAAAUAUUAUUCUGUAUACAUUUAAUUCUGAAAUCAGCCUACCAAGUGGCUGCUAGAGUAUGUGAGACAUGAAAACUAUUUUAAAGCCUUCCCUUGAAAAGGAUCUAGGUAGCUGCUUCCAGCUGGGUGUUAACUUUUUUUAGAAUGACACAGCUAAACAGUGUGAAUAAUAGUGUCAAGAUUGCAAAAUUGAUAUAUUUAUUUGGUUUAAGCAGGAAUUCUAGAAGUAAGUGAAUGAGGAUAAGAAGAGGUCAUUUCCCAUUUGCCUUCCUUUCGGAUUAAGGGAAAGGAAGAGAACACUAGCUAAGGAAGGGAAGGGGUAGUGAUGUCAUAAAAGUAGCAACCUCUAAUUUUAUAUUUUGUCUUUUUUUUCUUGCUACAUAGGGAGUUGUUUACUCAAAUGAGCAGAAAAGUGGUGUUUGAGGGAUUUUAAUUUUUUUAAUAAAAUAGAUAGUGGUACAAAUUGUUCACAUUACCAAAGUAAUAUUUCCCUGGAAUUUAAUUUGAAGACUGUGGCACACAGCCAGAACCUUUACUUAUUUAAGAAAAUGAUAAGUUCACAAUUUGGUGUGUGGCCGUAUUUGUAGAAUGCUGACCCCAAUUUGCAAGUUGUAUGCCGUUUUGCAAAUAAGUGUGGAAAUAAUUGGUAAUUUUUAUUCAAUUCUGUAUAGAUUAUAAAAUUAUUUUUAUUAAAUAAAUGUUUUACAGUAUA